AUGGCUUCGAUCACCCGCGAACAGACAGCGUAUACAACAACGUCUGCGAUUGACGCGCCGACAUCGCCCGCGUCGUUUGCCGCCCGCUUCAAGACCUCGGAGAUUCAUGCUGCGGCAUGCAAGCGCAUUGCGGGGCCGAUCGACGACGACCACUUUGACGCGCCGCUGCCGCGCUUUCGCCAGUCGUUCUGGGCCAGCACGGGGACCGUGAUGCGGCGCCAGCUCAAGCUCAUGGUGCGCAACACGGCGUACAUUCAAGGCCGGUUCGUCAUGGUCGUCGUCAUGGGCCUCCUCUACGGUCUUACAUUCUAUCAGAUGGACACGUCGCUGGCCCAAGUCACCAUGGGCAUGGUCUUCUCGGCCAUCAUGUUCGUGGCCAUUGGCCAAGCCGCCCAAGUCAACACGUUUUUUGCGUCCCGCGCGAUUUUUUACAAGCAGCGCGGCGCGAACUUUUACCGCACGGCCUCGUACGUGCUCUCGACGACGCUUGCGCAGAUCCCGUUUGCGAUCGGCGAGUCGAUUGUCUUUGGCUCGCUCGUCUACUGGAUGACGGGCUUUGUCAGCGACGGGUUUGCCUUCAUCGUCUUUCUCUGCGCGCUCGUGCUCGCAAAUCUGGCCUUUGCCGCGUGGUUCUUCUUCAUCUCGUCGGCAGCGCCGAAUCUGCUCAUGGCGCAGCCGCUCACGUUUCUCUCGAUUCUUGUCUACAUCCUCUUCGCGGGCUUCAUGAUCGUCAAGGACAACAUUCCGAAUUACCUCAUCUGGACCUUCUGGAUCAACCCGCUCACGUGGUGCUUCCGCGCGCUUGCGGUCAACCAGUACUCGAGCGACGAGUUCCAGAAGUGCUCGUACCAAGGCGUCGAGUACUGCGAGCGCACGGGCAUGAACAUGGGCGCGUACCAACUGUCGCUCUACGGCUACACGAACGACCGCGUCUGGAUCGUCUAUGGCUUCAUCUACUUAGCGGCGGCGUACGUUGUCUUUAUGGCGCUCUCGUGCUUCUUUCUCGAGUUCAAGCGCUACGAGAGCCCCGAAGGCACCAAUGCGACGGUCGAAGAGGAAGCCCACGCAGGCUCUGACGCCGAUGACAGCUAUACCUCGCUGCCUCCAACGCCAGUCUCGGGCGACUCUGUCGCCAUCGCGAUGCCGCCGUCCCGCGUGUCGCCCGUCACGAUCACGUUCCAAGACGUCUGGUACACGGUCAAGGAGAAGAACGGUGAAGACAAGCAUCUGCUCCGAGGCAUCUCGGGCUAUGCGCGCCCCGGCACCAUCACUGCGCUCAUGGGCUCGUCCGGCGCUGGCAAGACUACCCUCAUGGACAUCCUCGCUGGCCGCAAGACCGGCGGGACCACCCAAGGCAGCAUCACACUCAACGGCUUUCCCGCGACAAAGCUCGCCAUCAGCCGUGUCACGGGCUACUGCGAACAGACCGACCAGCACUGCGAGUCGGCCACGUUCCGUGAAGCACUCGAGUUCAGCGCCUUUCUGCGCCAGUCCAGCGACGUCUCGGAUGUCGACAAGAUGGCGUCGGUGGAGGAGUGCCUCACCUUGCUGGACAUGCACGGCUUGGCCGACACCAUCGUUCGCGGGUCGUCGGUUGAACAGAUGAAGCGUUUGACGAUCGGUGUCGAGCUUGCUUCGAACGCGAGCAUCCUCUUUCUGGACGAGCCGACGUCGGGGCUGGAUGCGCGGGCGGCCUUGCGCAUCAUGAAGGGCCUCACGCAGAUCGCCAAGUCGGGUCGCACGAUCGUGUGCACGAUCCACCAGCCGUCGUCCGAGGUGUUUGCCGUGUUUGACCAGCUUCUCUUGCUCAAGCGCGGUGGCGCGACCGUCUACUUUGGUCCGCUUGGCACGGGCAGCUCGCACCUCAUCGAGUACCUCGAGGCGAUUCCCGGUACGGUUCCGAUCGAGUAUGGCCACAAUCCGGCAACGUGGAUGCUCGAGGUCAUUGGUGCUGGCACGGCGGUCGUCGAGUCGACGACCGACUAUGCUGACAUUUUUGAAGCGAGCGAUCUAAAGAAGGCGCUGCUGGCCGACCUCGACGGCGAAGCUAGCAUGGUCCAAGAAGAGAUGGUCUUUGCGUCCAAGCGUGCGGCCGAGCCACGUGUUCAGUGCCAAUUGGUGUUGCAGCGGUUUGCCCGCAUGUACUGGCGCACGCCCUCGUACAACUUUACGCGCAUUCUCACCAACCUUGCGCUCUCGAUCCUCUUUGGUAUCAUUUACAUGGACACCGAGUACGCCACGUACAACGGCCUCAACGCCGGUGUCGGUGUCGUCUUUAUGGCGUCGCUCUUCAUCGGCAUGAUGGGCUUCAACAGCGUUCUGCCGCUCUUUGUGGAGGAGCGUGCGAGCUUUUACCGCGAGCGCGCGUGCCAGACAUACAAUGUGCUCUGGUACUUUCUCGGCUCGACGCUCGUCGAGAUCCCGUACGUCUUUGUCUCGGUUGCGGUCUUCGUCGUCAUCUUCUACCCGUUCGUGGGCUUUGUCGGCUUUGUCCAAGGCGUCUGGUUCUGGCUGUACAUGGGCAUCUUCGUGCUCAUGCAAGUCUACUUUGGCCAGCUCCUGGCGUGCGCGCUGCCGUCGAUCGAGGUUGCGAGCACGAUUGGCAGCUUGAUCAGCUCGAUCUUCUUUCUCUUCAUGGGCUUCAACCCGCCGACGUCGUCGAUCCCGAGCGGUCUCCAGUGGCUCAACACGAUCGUGCCGCCCAAGUACGGCCUUGCGCUCCUUGUCGCCAACACCUUUGCCAAGUGCGAUGCGCCGGGCGACGCCGACCUCGGCUGCCGCGUCAUGGAGGGCGUACCCCCGUCCGUGCUCCAGUCCAAGUUCAACAACGCGUCGACCGUGACCAUGAAGGAGUACGUCGAGGUCAUGUUCGAGAUGGAGUACGGCGACAACACCCGCAACGUGCUCGUGCUCCUUGGCUUUGUUCUGCUCUUCCGCCUCCUUGGCCUUCUCGCGAUGCGCUUUGUCAACCACCAAACGCGCUAA